CGACAUUAUCGAGCUCCCAUUGUAGCAUGACGCGCAGACGCCCCAAGACCACGACGCACGUCCAUCGUGUCACCAAGACGACUGGUACUAAGUCGGGCCUGCUGCAGCACCGCAAUCGUCUACUGCGGCGCUCGUCGAUCUCCAUGCUCGCGCGCAAGAAUCGCAACGACGACGAGAGUGACUAUACACGCGCGAUCAGCAGAUUCGUACCCAGAGCAGAGCGGGGAUCAGCUGCACAGGCGAUCUCGACGGGCUCCACCAGCAGCAAUAACAGUGUGACGAUGCUAAGCCCCAAAAGUUACACGCGCGUGGAGCUCAUCAAUUUCUGGAGGGAACUAUCGCUUGUGGCUAAGCGGCGACUGCUGCGGAUCCGCCGCGAUACAUUCUUGUCGUCGCUUGACGAGUUCCUCGUUAGCUUUAACAUGUGCUGCGAGUGCCACGACAAUGUAAUUGCAGAGUGGGAAGACCACGAACGGAAGCGCUCGGGUAGCCGCUCCAAGCUGGACGCUUUCAGUGAUCUGGUGCUCGAAGAGGAGGAACUGGUGUUUAGGUCUGAGCUGGAGCGGGAAGGACGACGGGGCGCAGACGGCAAGGGUGGCAUGCUGUCAGACGAGUAUUUGGCCGCGUUGGAAGUCGGCAAGCGGCAGGAAGACGAGCUGCUACGGCUUAUCCAGAAAGAGGAACGCUAUAUCAUUAUUCGGGAGGAUCACACGGACUUUAUCGAAGAUAUGAUCCGCUGUGGCAUACCGAUCAGCGACGUGCAACCGCUCCCACCCGGCUUUGACGACGACGAAAGCGAAAACAGCGAAGAGGACGACGAAGUUGAUGUCGAUGACACAUGCCCCGGCGCGAACACUUCAUAUUGGGCCCAGGAGUAUCUGCUGGAUGUACUCGGCAUCACGUUCAGCCAACAGCUGGAAGCCGCAUACCAAGAGGCACUGCAACACUCGCUCGCUAUUCAGGCUGAACUGCUACGAGAUGAGCUUGCAGACCUUCAGGCAAGUCAGAAACCCUCCAGUACCAGCCGGAAGAAGAAAAGCAAAAAGGAGAAGAAGCGCCGUAAAAAAGAAGCCGCAGCUCAGAAGGCGACAGAGAAUGUGAAUCCUCGAGAUACAAACACUCAGUCGCACAUGUCGAAGCGCAACGCUGCCGCAUCAGAGAAGCAGCAGUUUGCCUUAGCAUCGACAGACGGAAGCGCCGACUCGGUCAUGGAGGUGCGCGUCCCGGAGGAAGACGACAUCGACCGUGAGGUGGAGCAGUUCCGUCUGUUGCUGGAGAAGAUCAACGCCGAGAGCGCGCUCCGCUCCCGAAAGAAGCUGGUGCUGCCUCCAGGGUCCUUCGCCCACUUGACGUCUAUGACCGUCUCGUAAGAAC